AGCCACAGGUGAGAUUCCGGAAGACUGGAGAGUAGCGAAUGUUGCAGCCCUAAUUCAAGAAGGUGUGCAAAGAAAAGCUUGGAAACUAUAGACCGAGCAUCAAAAUCUGGGAGUGUCUUUCAACAAUAUGGCUGAAGGUCCAAACAGGGAAGAAGAUCCAGUGUCCUCGACUGAAGUUGACAUAGACACAGAUCCAAACUCCACAAUCAUGAAGUUCUUGGUAAAGUGUGAGGAUUACCAGCUGUUCCAGUUCACAAAGUUCUUCUGGGACAGACUAGAACAAGCAAUCAAAGAUUGUGUGGGUGGACUCAGUUCAUUGUUAACCUACGAGAGGAUUUUCAGUGGACAAGAGCAUCAGAAAAUCAUUGAGCUUGUGGAGAAGCAUAUGUGUGCAGACAGUUCCAAACUGCUCCUAAAUCUGGUGAUGGAGAAAGGAUCUCCUGCCCGAAGGGUGAUGUGGAAGUCCUUCGUGAAAAUGCGCCAUGUGGUACCAAAGUUGGACAAAAUACUGAAACAAAUACAAGAGCUUGGCUUGAAUCCAUUUGAUACGGUGAAACUUACCCAAAGUUUGUCCAAAAUACCCAAUCACCUGAAAGUUCUUCAACAGAAACACAAGGAGACGCUACAGAUCCAAACAGAAACGCUGAGAGUGAACACGAUCCAAAUAAAAGAGAAAGUGAAGACUUUCCAGCUGGUUGAUCGGUAUGCUGAGCUAACGAUCAUUUCUACUGUUCGGGAUCGAACCCUUGUAGAACAUGAACUGCUGGCAAGAGGCCGAGACCAUGAAGAGUGGAGAGAGAAACACCUCUGGAGAGAACUGGAAAAAAUCCAAACUGAUCAGUUGUUCCAGAGCAACUUUUCCCAGAAAAAGUUCACUUCUGGGAGAACAGUGGCAGUGAGUGGGGUCCCAGGGAUUGGAAAAACAACAAUGCUCCAAAAGAUAGUUUAUGACUGGGCCACCGGGAAAAUCUACCAACACUUUCAAUUUGUUUUCUAUUUCAAGUUCCGAGAUUUGAACACUAUUAACUGUAGUAUAAACCUGAAGAAUCUGAUACUGGAACAGUAUCCUUAUUUUCAGAAUGUUCUGGGAAAUCUUUGGAAGAACCCAGAGAAUUUACUGUUUAUAUUUGAUAGUUUGGAUGAAUUCAGGGAGAGGAUAGAUUUUUCUGACAACCUGAGGCCUCAGUCUGUAUGCACAGAUCCCGAAUAUUGGUGUGAAGUGUCUGACAUUGUGUACAGUUUAAUCCAACACAAGCUGCUUCCAGGGUGCUCAGUGUUGGUGACCACUCGUCCGACUGACUUAGUUUUAUUGGAAAAGGCUGAAAUCAGUAUGUGGGCUGAAAUCCUGGGAUUUGCUGAUGAUGAUCGGAAGGAAUAUUUCAACAAGUUUUUUGAAGAUCAGACAGUGGCAGCAGCUAUUUAUAACCACCUGAAGGAGAACGAAAUCUUGUACACCAUGAGCUAUAACCCUUCGUACUGCUGGAUCCUCUGUCUAUCACUGGGUCCCUUCCUUGCACAAUGUGACAGGAAAGAACAAAAAGUUCCCAAAACCAUCACCCAACUGUAUUCCUACUAUAUUUACAACAUUCUGAAACACCAUGGCCGAGAGAUUGAAAACCCCCGUGGUGUGUUACUGAAGCUCGGUGAGAUGGCCUUCAAAGGAAUCUCUGAGAAAAAGAUUGUCUUUAGAAAUGGAGAGUUGAUCCAAUACGAUCUACAACCUUCUCAGUUCCUGUCUGGGUUCCUGAUGGAACUUUUGGAGAGAGAUGAUUCAGUCCAGAGUGUGAUUUACACAUUCCCACACCUCACCAUCCAAGAGUUUGUAGCUGCACUUGCACAAUUCCUGACUCCAGAUCCCACGGACAUUCAGAAACUCCUCAGCAUUGCUUACAGUGAGGCAGAUGGCCGUUAUCAGAUAUUUCUCCGUUUUGUUAUUGGUCUGACCUCCCCACAGUCAGCUUGCCCCCUGGAGGAAUUUCUGGGUCCAUUUCUUCAUCAGACAACCUGCCGAGUGAUUGACUGGGUGAAGGAGAUGGCUGAAGGACAGGUUCGAAAUACAAGGAGCAACACUGGUAAAAGGGACUUUCUGAACAUAUUGCAGUACCUCUUUGAAUCUCAGAAUAAAGCAUUAGUUUGGACCACAGUGAGAUCCAUGGAAACACUCGCAUUUAGUAGAUUGCAACUGACACCAGUUGACUGCUUUGUUCUGUCACAUGUCAUUGGACUAUGUGAAACAAUAAAACUUCUUGAUCUCGAGAACUGUUAUAUUCAGCAUGAAGGACUGCAGCGACUGGCCUCAGUACUGUACAAAUGCAGGGAGCUGAGAUUGAGGAACAAUGAUCUGGGGAAUCCAGCAGUGAAACUGUUGUCUGAAGCACUGAGGAGCUCAGAUUGUCAAAUAGAAAAACUGCAGCUGAAUGAUAAUGACCUCACCGCUUCCUGUGCCCAGGAUCUUGCCUCAGCUCUCAGUACAAACCAGUCAUUGAUAAGUCUGAAUCUGGGUGAAAAUAAAUUAGGAGAUUUUGGAGUAAAACAACUGUUUGGGGUUCUGAGGAAUGUGAACUGCAAACUGCAGGAACUGGUGCUGCAUGAUAAUCAUCUCUCACAUUCUUGUAUUGAAGAUCUCACCUACGCACUCAUUACAAAUCAGUCAUUGACUGUUCUAAACCUUGGUAACAAUAAACUGGGAGAUACAGGAGUGAAACUGCUAAGUGUGGCAUUGAAUAACCCAACUUGCAAAAUUCUGGAACUGGGUCUGUGGGGUGCCAGUCUCUCAGAUUCUUGUACUAAGGAUCUUGCAUGUGCUCUCAGUACAAACCAGACACUGACCACUCUGAAAUUGGGAACGAAUCUCUUCACAGACCAAUCUGUCCCAGCCAUCAGCCAUCUCAUUCUGAACUGCAGGAGUUUGGAGCGGAUUGAACUGUGGGAAAACCAAUUCACUCCAACUGGAAAGAGACACCUAGAGUCAAUGCGGGAAUCCAGGCGCAAACUGAAGGCAGAUGUGAAGUGGAUUUUCCAGGUGUGAUGCAGCUGGCCAGACCAUUCAGAUUUAAGCAAAACCGAAUUUAUUUAAAGACUGCAAUUGAAAUGCGAACAAAACAAAAUGGACUUAAGUAUUUGAAAACAUAACAGACGUAAUGCAGUAACUAUUAUUAAUUAACAGCUUCUGUACAGCAACAUCCCACAAACAUACCUCUUGGCAAAAAAGUCAAUUCAAACACAGAUUCUUACUGGCAGGAGGGAAUAACAUCCAAAGAGAUUUCAGAAGAAGGUCAAAGGAGUUCUUUACUGAAGCUUGCCAACUCCCCUCGACUUGCACAUCUUGACAACUGCUACAGCUGAAACAAACUAGAAAAACCUGCACUGGGAGAACUGGACACUCCCUUUCCAUUGUUAAUCCAGCCUCUUCCUAGAUUCUUUGACACCGAUGCAUUUUUGACCUCUCCGGGAAAAAAAGGACAAAAUAACCUUUUUAAAGUGAGAACAUCGUCUCGCAUGGGAGUGUAGUAGAUUCAGAGGUGACCUGAUAAAAGUUCAUAAAAUAAUAGAAGUAUUGAUAGAGUUAAUGGUAGUUGUCUUUUCCCUAGAA